AUGACUCAAGCUCGUCUUCCAUCUUCCACCUCGGCGUCCUCGUCCGUGAGGACUGACACGUCAUCAAGGCCUUCGCCCACUCCAUCGUUUGGCAGUACGCCGAGUUUCUUUCCGUCCCCUCCACCACAACAGUUGUUUCGGUUCCAGGGGUCGUCUUCGCCGACACCUCCACGGCGCUCUCCUGCCCCUGCCUUCGGAUCGACGCCAAAUUUCGUCUUAUCAACACCUCCAGAGAACACCUUCGUGUUCGGAGGCUUACUACGUAGCACAGUGGAUGCCCCUUCUGGUACUCAUCCAGAUGAUCCUCUCCCAUCCGUUGAAAGAGAUUGGAGGAGUCCUUCGAUAGCUACGAGCGCCUCCAGCCGGCUGGACAACAAUGCUCGGACUCCUUCCUUCUCUUUCUCCCCGCCGCCGCCUUCUACACCUACGCAGCAUCGAACAGUUCCGUCGGUUUCCAACAGCCCCAACGGGACCGCUUCGCCUCGGAGUCCCGACGAGACGGAGAGUAUCGCCGGUCGCCUGGGAAAUGUGAACCUUACGCCUCGCCAGUCGAGCUUGGCAAUGACCGAUGUCGGGGCGGCCAUUGCAGCUGUUGCCAAUGGCUUGGACGAGCAAACGCCCCGGCCCGCCGCCUCUAGUCCGGAUUUUGGACGGCCUUCGCCGAGUCCUUCGCCGAGUCCCCGCCCUCGACUCAAGGCAAAGCAGCCUCCUCACAAUGUUGAGGACGAAAAGCCUCCGUCGAACCGCUUCCAUGAUCCGGCAGUGCAGCAGGCAUUUGGCAAGGCCAAGACUCUCAUGAGCAGCCUGGCUAACGCGCUGGGGAGCGGCUCUCUCCACGUCAACCCCGACUCUACAAUCCAGAGGUUGCAUCGCCAGGCACAAGACUUAUCCCGCUUCCAGUGUCCAUCGACCCGAACUGUGGGGUUUGUCGGCGACUCUGGUGUCGGCAAAAGCAGUCUCUUGAAUUCGCUCCUGGAUAGUCAACAUCUGGCCAGAACGAGUAACAGCGGUGCUGCUUGCACCUGUGUAGUUACCGAAUAUCAUUACCACGACAGCAGGGACUUCGUCAUUGAUGUUGAGUUGUUCAGCCAAGAGGAGCUCAUAAACCAGAUCACGGAGCUGCUCCAGACAUACCGUCGCCAUCACCUGCCAUCGGAAGAAAAUGAAACCGCCGUAGGAGCGAAGGAUGUCAUAGAAGUGGAGGAUGUCGGAGAAGUGGAGGAUGUUGAAGAGCAGGCCAAGGUUGCUCACGAUACUUUCAAGGCCAUGUUCAGAGACCGGCUCAAAGACGAGCAGUUCCUGACGACGAAGCCGAAGGAUUAUGUGCUGUCGACUUUGCGCUCGUGGGUGCUGGAAGCGCGGCCAUCGCAGAUUGGAGGGAUAAAGACGAGAAGUAGUCUUCAGGAGUGUUCCGACCUUCUGAUGCACUUGACAUCCGAGACGGCGGAGGCAACAGAGCCAGCGGUCUGGCCAUACAUACGGAAGAUCAAAGUCUUCCUAGACUCGCACAUUCUGAGCAAAGGACUUGUGCUUGUCGACCUACCUGGGCUCCGCGACCUCAACUCCGCGCGGAGGAUGAUCACCGAGCGGUACCUUGUCGAAUGCGACGAAAUCUUCGCCGUCUGCAACAUUGGACGAGCCAUGACUGAUGUCGGCGUCUUCAGCGUUUUCGAGCUUGCGCGGAAAGCAAAACUGUCCAACGUGGGCAUUAUCUGCACCAGAUCUGAUGACAUCCAAGCCUCGGAAGCCGUGAGAGACUGGAGGGGGCAUUCAGCUGAACAAGUCCAGGAACUCAGCAACAAUGUGUCAACGGUCCAAUCUGAGAUUUCCAGUAUCGCCCUAGUGCUGCCAGAUGAAGACACAGGCGAUGAUCCGGACUACUACAACAAACUUUUUCGUGACAAACAUAAGGCCGAAAAACGUCUACUACAGCACCAAUUCAAUCUUAAGAAACACUUGGUCGAGACGCGAAACACAACCGUCAUCAGCGAACUGCAAACCAAAUACGGCAACAAGGUGCCAGCCAGAACCUUGCAAGUGUUCUGCGUCAGCAACACGGAGUACUGGGCAAAGCGUUCGAUGCCGAGGGAUGACGCGCUUCCGUCGCUGGAGCUCAGCUGCAUUCUUGACCUGCGGAAGCAUUGUCUCUCCAUUGUUGCCGACACUCAGCUGGAAGCCGUGAAACAGUUUGUCGUCAAUGACAUCCCGGCCCUGGUUGGGGACGUCGCGCUGUGGGUUCAGUCCGGCGCCGGGAGCACGGAUGCGGAGCACAAACGGGCUGUUCGUGAGACUUUGGACGAGGUUGAGCGCCGCCUGAAGAAGGACUUGACAGGAAGAAACUCGAUGCUUAGUAAAAUUGCCAAGUCAUUCGCAGAAGACUUCAAGACCCGUGUAUAUGACAACCGAAACACCGACAGCUGGAGACAAACUGCCAUCGCUGCUGGUAGCAAUUGGAAUGAGGUAGAAACUUACUCGGCGUUUUGCCGCAACUACGGCAGUCACUAUACAAAAGCUGCGGGCAGGUGGCACGAUUGGAACGAAGAGAUCAUCGCCGGUAUGGUCACGGAUCUAGUUGUUCCGUGGCAGAGGCUGUGCUCGUUAUUCGACGCCGAGAUCGAAGAGGCCAUUGACCUAGUCGAUGAAUCCAUGGAAUGGGCACUUGAGACCCUCGAAGACGAACUCGAGGGUUUCUCUUUCACGGUGACGCUCAGCCAAGUGUUGCUUUGCCAUAAGAACACCAUGCUCUCGGAGGCCCAGAAGGCGUACGAUGAUUUUGAAACCAGCCUGAGCACUCUGCGAGUCGAUGCCCUUAGUGGGAUUCGGACUUCUCUCAUAGGCCAAGCGAUGGAAAGCUCGUACAAGGCUUGCAACCUCGACUCUGGGGGUGGAAGCCAUACAAGGCGCAAGGGCUACAUUAAUGGCACCAUUGCGCGCCAGGACCUGUUUCGAAACCUGAUGCGAGACUUUAGGAGACGACUGAAUGGUUUGGCGGACAGCCUCCAAGCUGACUUGCUCACUACCAUUCGGGCACACCUUGCCAUGAUUGGAGAAACUCUGGAUUUGAUCAGGAGGGAGAACGUAGCGACGGAAAGCGAGAGCAACCCAGAGCUCAGAAGCCGUUUGGGAGAGGAAGUCUCACUGGUGACCGAGAAGAUGAGACUCAUUCAGCAGGUUAUUGUUGGUUAG